AUUUGACACAUGUCAAUACGUCAAACUAAUCAAAUGUCAAUAUUUUUUAAAUAAGUUCAGAUUUCUUUUAUUCUUAAUUAUCGAAAAACAAUUUGUUCAAAAUGCCUAAAAUAAAAGCAGAAAAGAAAGCCAGAGUACAUAAUGAAAUUGCGAAACAAGGUAUUCAGUUCAAUAAGGAUUUCGGCCAGCAUAUAUUAAAAAAUCCUCUUAUUAUUACGUCAAUGUUAGAUAAAUCUGGACUAAGACCUACUGAUGUUGCUCUUGAAAUUGGUCCAGGUACUGGUAAUAUGACAAUAAAAAUGUUGGAUCGCGUCAAAAAAGUUAUUGCUUGUGAAAUUGAUACAAGAUUGGUUGCUGAGCUUCAAAAACGAGUUCAAGGCACACCAUAUCAAUCUAAGUUGCAAAUAAUUGUCGGAGAUGUAUUGAAAACAGAUUUGCCAUUUUUUGAUAUAUGUGUGGCAAAUAUUCCAUACCAAAUCAGUUCACCUCUGGUAUUUAAAUUGCUGUUACACAGGCCAUUCUUUAGAUGUGCUGUGCUUAUGUUUCAACAAGAAUUUGCACAAAGAUUGGUGGCCAAACCUGGUGACAAGCUGUACUGUAGAUUGUCUAUUAACACUCAACUUUUAGCCAGAGUUGAUAUGUUGAUGAAGGUUGGGAAAAACAAUUUCAGGCCACCACCAAAAGUUGAAUCCAGUGUGGUCAGAAUUGAGCCUAGAAAUCCACCUCCACCUAUAAAUUUUGUAGAGUGGGAUGGCUUAACAAGAAUAGCAUUUGUUAGAAAAAAUAAAACAUUAUCAGCUGCUUUCAAACACUCAACAACAAUGGCAGCACUAGAAAAGAAUUAUAAAGUACACUGUUCACUACAUAACAAGGAAAUACCAGAUGAUUUUGAUAUAAAGCAAAAGGUUCAAGAAAUAUUAAUUUCCGCUGGAGUGGAUCAAAUGAGAGCUAGAACAAUGGACUGUGAUGAUUUUAUGAAACUGUUACAUGCUUUUAAUUCAGAGGGCAUACAUUUUGCCUAAUAAAUUAUUUAAAAAAAUCA